GUGAAGGGUGUGACAGCGGGCUGUGUGUUUCCUCCUUCCAGUAGAAGCCGGUGUGUCCGCUUCCUCUUCCACUCCGAGCCCGGACUGUAAACAGGGAAGGUGACGUGUGACUUCAGAACAUGGCUCCGCUGUACACCCUCUGCCUGGGGCUGCUCCUCUGCCUCCCGCCUGGUCUGCUGGCCGGUAAAGGUGACGUCAUCGACAUCACUGACACCAACUGGAGGGAGAUCCUGCACGGGGAAUGGAUGAUCAAAUUCUAUGCUCCCUGGUGUCCUGCCUGCCAGAAGCUGCAGCCAGAAUGGAAUGAAUUUUCUGAGUGGGGAGAAGACCUCAAUGUCAACAUUGGAAAAGUGGAUGUAACUGCUCAGCCAGGACUGAGCGGCCGUUUUAUCAUAACAGCCCUGCCUACAAUAUAUCACUGUAAAGAUGGCGUUUUCCGGAAGUACCACGGAUCCAGAAUGCACAAGGACUUCAUAAGCUUUGUGAGCGAGAAGGAGUGGGAGGGGCUAGAGCCCGUGUCAUCCUGGUUCUGCCCGGACUCUCUGCUAAUGAGUGCCAUGUCGGCUCUGUUCCACCUAUCGAUGUAUAUUCGGUACUGUCACGAAUACUUUGUUGAAGACCUCGAUAUUCCAGUCUGGGGAUCGUAUCUCAUUUUUGCAUUGUUCACUCUACUUCUAGGUCUCAUUCUGGGCUUGCUUCUGGUGUUUGUGGCAGACUACUUGUGUCCGACAAAGAGGCACCGGCCCCAGGGAUACCCCCACAAGAAACUGAGCCCCGAGGCCGCCAGGAUACUAAAACAGAUGGAGGAAGAACAGGAGAAGAAGGAGAAGUCUGAAUCUGUGGACAAUGAGGAAUCGUCAGAGAACGACGUCUCCAGGGAGAGUGUCCGGAAACGCACCGUGAAAUCCUAAACCCCCCUCAGUCUUGUAUAACAGCCAGAAAAGAACAUUAUCGAAGAACGGUCAUCACCUUCGGCUCCAGAUACAGUUCCUCCACAUGACCCGGGCCCAGAAUCCUGUUCUCUGUCUUCCUGGUCAGUCUUUGCCACUACAGAACGGAGGCCUGGGAUGACUAAACACUUGCUAAAGAAAUAAUUAGUAUUUGGGAGACUUGCAUACUUUUUCUCUUCAAUAGACUGUAAUCUCUUUUGGUUAAAACACCGUGUGUGUUUUAUGCAAUGCUCCUGUGGCUUUACACCCGUGGUAAAGUAUUAAUGUACAUAAUGGACUAUGUAUAACGCUUCCCUCUACCUACACCCAUUCUGACUGCUCUGCGGUUUUUCUUUAUAGCUUGUAGACUUCUGUUCUUCCAAAGGUUGUAUGUUUAGUAACUAAUUACUUGAGAUAAUGUGAACAGCGAGGAUUCGGAACCCUGAACAGAUGAUAGAAUUGUUUUCUUGUAACAAUACUU